CUUGGACAUGCAGCGGACGUUGCGGCAGUCGCGGCAGUCGGGUGCCCUGAAUCUGUCUGCACGGGACCUCAAGGAUAUUCCGAAGGCUGUCUUCUUCCCGAACAUGCACAUGGAAUCGGACGAACAGCAUUGGGAGUGCCGAGACCUGGUCAAACUCGACUUGAGCUACAACGAUCUCGUGGCAGUUCCUGCAGACGUGGAACAGCUUCAAGCAUUGACGUGGCUCAAGUUGAAGCAGAACCAGCUCACGGACAUCCCGCCUCAACUCGCUUCAUUGACGUCCCUCGUGUACUUGGACUUGAGCAACAACAAGCUGCAUGAAGCCUCGUCGUUCCUCGGCAGUCUCGUCCGCCUUCGCGAGUUGUCGCUCAGUGCCAACGUCUUGACGUCGCUGCCCGACACCCUUGGGCUUCUUGUGCAUUUAGAAACAUUGGCUCUUCACGACAACCAACUCGUUUGUAUCCCUUCUUCCAUCGCACACCUCACCAAGUUGCGCAGUGUCAGCGUGCAGCAGAACCUUCUGGAGACUCUACCGCCACUGUCGUCGCUUGUGUUGUUGGAGACUCUAGAUGUGAGCAAGAACAAACUCGCGGCCAUGCCGGCCUUGGACGCAUUACGCCGAUUGAAGUCGGUGGAUCUGCGGCACAACCGCCUGGACGACCUCCCGACGCUUCCGUCCACGCUCACAAUGCUCUUCGCUGGUCACAAUCGGCUGCGUGACUUGCCUCAACUCGAACGCCUGGCGCCAGCUCUGACCGUUCUGGACGUGCGCUGCAACCAGCUCGACGCCCUCCCCCCCUCCAUCGCUUCCCUCGACUUCCUCACAUCACUCGACGUUUCCAACAACAAUCUGUCCGACUUGCCCCCCGGACUGGGAAGUCUCGAUGCCCUGAACCACUUGGUCUUGGACGGCAAUCCGCUGCGGGCCAUUCGGCAGUCGGUGGUGGCGGGCGGAUGUGUGGCGUUGAAGCAAUAUUUGCAGAAGAGGACCGCACAGCUUCAGACACCUGCUGCUGCUGAUGUAGUAACCUCCACUGCACAUUCCAUCCCAGACCAUUUCAUUCGGGAUGCAUGUGCGUCCGGCGUGCUAGACUUGUCCAAUCGACGCACGCUCGACUUGUCCCACUUGGCGUCGGCCCCCCGACUUGGGGCGUCGUUAAUUCACUUGAAUAUGUCUCACAACGGCCUCAGUGCACUGCCUCCGGGCCUCGCAAGUCUCCACCUGCUUCAGUCACUGGCCGCGGAAAACAAUUAUCUGACGUCGUUGCCCGUGGACAUUGCCGAGUUGCCGCGGCUGCAAGCUCUGCGCGUGCAGAAGAACCGCCUGACAGACGCCGCCCUUGCUGCCGUCGUCCACAUCACAGCCCCCAUUCGAUACACGCUGGUGGAACUGGACGUCCGCAACAACAACUUGACCAAGGUACCUCCGGGUCUGUCGGCAUUUCAACUGUUGGACACGCUGCUCGUGUCGUUCAAUCAAAUCACAGCGUUGGAUGGCGUCCACUGGGCCAACAUGACCAAGUUGACGUCGUGUCUGGCCUCGAACAACCGCUUGGAGUCCCUGGGAACGAUUUAUGUCGCGCCGUCGUUGACGAGUUUGAAUGUCGAAAACAACGCGCUCCGACAUAUUCCCAUCGAGCUGGGUCAAACUGUGCACCUCCGGUUGGUAAACAUCCAAGGCAACCCCCAGCGACACAUCCGAUCCAGCGUCGUCCAGCGAGGUCCCCAUGCUGUACUGCAGCACCUCCAACAACUAGCAGAGAAACCAGUUGACUUGACCAGAGCACCUGCCAAGCGACCGCUGGACCAAUCCCCGUCUGCCACGUGGCAGAACGACGAUGAGUCACCUCCGUCCACAAAACGACGUGCCACCGAAGACUCAAAUGUAUUGAUUCCAGUCGAAACAAAGUCGUUGGCGCAACAGAUUCAAGCGGCGGAAGCCGAGAUGGACGGGUUUGGAGUGAGCAGUGCCAGGUUGGCGGCGUUGAAGAAGGAGCUGGCCAACUUGCGAAAGCAGCAAGCCCAACAUGAGUAGUAGUACUAGUAGUAGGUGAUCGUACAUACAUGUAACAAUAUUCGGGCGGUGUUGGUGUUU